AUGGCUACAGUUGCCUCCACGUCCCGAGCAUCUUUUGUCGAUCUGCCUGCCAGGAAGGAGAGUUUCUCCCUGUUCAUCGACAAAACCACGGGGCAGUUUCUGUGUAAAGACACGCUGGUGGGAGGGAGCUGGGAGGACCUCCAGGACUGUCUGGAGGUGAUGCAGAAGGAGGGGCAGGACUGCCUCAGCCCUCAUGUGCUGCUGGGAUAUCCAGAGAGUGUAGAGGAGCAGGAGGAGCGGGAGAGGGAGCUGAGGGAGGUGCAGACGAUCUGGUCCAGCUCCGUGCCCCUCACUGACCUCCACGAGGACGAGGCUCACCUUAUUAAAACCAUGUUCCAGGUCCUACUGGCAGUGGGAAGACCACCUUUAUCAGUGAGUUGGCCCUGGACCUUUGCAUGAGGCCGCCAAGAACUGAGGCUGUUUUGAGAACAAAGGGAGACCGAACCCAAUAUUAGUACGGUGUUCCUAAUUAAGGGCUCAGGUCACUCGGAAUAGCGCCGCACACUUUUAUGUACAGGAAAGAAAGAAAGAAACAAACAAACAAACAAACAAAAAAAGCUGUCAGAUUUCACUGGCAAAAAAGUCUGAUGCGGCAUUCUAUUCUAGAACUUCAGACUUCAAAGGACAAAAACUUCCGUGACGCGGCAUUCUAGAACCCUUACAACCUUUAAGGAGACCUCCAAACUCAACAGAGUAACAUAUCUCCUACACACAAGUAUCGUGUACCACAGUCUUCUACGGUCAGAAUCUACAACAGAGACCCUCUUACACAUACACACCUGCAGUCUACAGACUACUACGUACAUCUACCGAUAACUACAGUCUACUACAGGCAAGUGCAGUACCAACAAUCGGCCACCGCUUCACACCUCUGCAUCAUCUUUGUUUCUCGUUGCAAUGGCAGAACGAAACACAGGAAAAAGGGUGAGAUUUGCAGAUGAAGUCCUUCAGGGCCAUCCACAUCGUAAUGGACGAGAGGCUCAAAGAUAUGAAGGCAAUGAGUUCCCCGUUCACCGAAAUAGCUUUCGUGGACGAAAGAACCCACAACAGUGGGUAAAAUCUGCACGUGCUGCCCCUCAGGGCCGUCCGAAUCCUGA